AUAAAAAACUAACAAAAAAAAUAGCUUUCUUCCAUUAAAUUUUACAAAAUUAUUGACAUUUAUUAAAUUUAAAUCCUAUAUUAAUUGUAAUUGUUCAAGUUGAGAGUAUUAUUUAUUUGUGAUUAACAUAUUUGCAGCAGAGAAAAAAGAAAUUUUAGAGAAAAUGUGGAAGGCCACUGCGGGUUUACAAAUAGAAAAUACCACUGCCGCUGAAGAUGAUGACUGGGAAACGGAUCCAGAUUUUGUUAAUGAUGUUAGUGAACAGGAACAGAGAUGGGGUGCCAAAACCAUAGAGGGCAGCGGUCGUACAGCCGGAGCUAUAGACAUGGAUAAAUUGCGUGCUGAAACAGAAAAAGCUGAUAAGGACAAAAAACUUAAGGAAAUUGAAGAAAUCAAUCCUGGCUAUGGUUAUGGAGGCAAAUUUGGUGUACAAACCGAUCGCAUGGACAAAUCGGCUGUGGGUCAUGAUUACCAAGGCAAGGUAGAGAAACAUGGCUCACAAAAGGAUUAUGCCACUGGCUUUGGCGGUAAAUUUGGUGUCCAAUCAGAUCGUGUGGAUAAAUCGGCUGCCGGCUGGGACCAUAUCGAAAAGGUUGAGAAACAUGCCUCACAAAAAGACUAUGCCACCGGUUUUGGUGGCAAAUACGGUGUCCAAUCUGAUCGUGUGGACAAAUCAGCUGUUGGUUGGGAUCACGUUGAAAAGGUGGAGAAACAUGAGUCACAAAAAGAUUAUUCCAAAGGUUUUGGUGGUAAAUUUGGUGUUCAGGAAGAUCGCAAGGACAAAUCGGCUGUUGGUUGGGAUCACAUUGAGGCGCCACAGAAACAUGAAAGCCAAGUAGAUCAUAAAAUUGGUUUCGGCGGAAAAUUCGGCGUACAAAAAGAUCGAAUGGAUAAAUCGGCGGCCACUUAUGAAGAGGGUGGCAAACAACAAGUUGGCACAAAUUAUACUAAAACUAAACCCGUUAUUGAGGGAGCAAAACCCUCAAAUCUACGUGCUAAAUUUGAGAAUUUAGCUAAAAACUCUGAAGAAGAGAGUCGCAAAAGAUCCGAUGAGCAAAAACGUUUACGUGAAGCUAAAGAUAAGAGAGAUCGCGAAGAGGCUGCAAAGAAAACGGUUGUGGAAAAUAAGCCUCUGCCAGCUGCAGAUGAAGCCAAGCAGCCACCACCAAAGGGAGCCCGUUCACACAUUGUGACAGGACGUGAGGGUGGCAUAGGUAAUGCUAUAAGUGCAUUCAAUCAAAUGCAAUCACCCACUAAAGAAGAAACCACCAACGUACGCAAAGAACCCAUACACAUUCCAAGAGAAGUUAAGGCCGAGAUUAAAGAACAAGUAGAACAAAUUGAAGAGGUUAAACCACCACAACCGGAAAUAGUGGCUGAAGUCAAGCAGGUGGUACAGCCAGUACAACAAAAAGUUUUAGCGCCACCUCCCGAUCUAAUACCCUCUAUAGAAAUAGAUACUGUGGCCACACCACCCGAAGUGCAGUCACCUGAACCACCUUAUACCGCUGAAGUGGAAGUACCCGAACCAGUAAAGGUGGCUGCUCCUGCUGUAGUCGAACCAGAGCCUUUGUAUCAGAAUCAAAGUGAAGUUCAACAACAACAGUCUGUUCCUAAAUCACCAGAACCUACUUUACAAGAACAACAGCAACAUCAAGCUCAACCUGUGUCACAAAUCGAAACAGCCGCUCAAGAAUCCGAACCUAUUGCCAAUGCUGAGGGUGUUUAUGGAAAUUCCGAUAAUUUAGCCGACUACAUUGAAGAUACUCAUAUUCAUGCUAUUGCUUUGUAUGAUUAUCAAGCCAAUGACGAUGAUGAAAUAUCCUUUGAUCCUGAUGAUAUUAUAACGCAUAUUGAAAUGAUCGAUGAAGGCUGGUGGCGUGGCUUAUGUAAAAAUCGUUAUGGUCUCUUCCCGGCCAAUUAUGUGCAAGUUGUUAAUAAUCAAAAUUGAGUUCUUAUAGCUGGUCAUGACAACCAACCAUCCACAACAAUAACAGUUAUAGAAACAUUUUAUUUAAAUCAAAAUUUCUUUAAGUAUUUUAAUUUUUAUUAUUUUUAUUUAAAAAAAACAACGAUAAUUCUGAUUUUGCUAUAAUAUUAUGUCCAAAAACAAAAGUCAAUUUACAUAUUUUAUGUGUGGGUAUUAAACAUUCUAUUUUUGUAUGUUUUAAACAUAUGUAUUUUUUACAAAUAUUUUAAUUUUUUUUUAUAUUAUUAAAAAUUUUAUUUUUUUUAAAUACAUACAUAAUUUUUUCUUCUUCAUUACAUUACAAAUUAACUUAAGCAUUUAACUAUUAAACUAACAUUGUUAUUAUGAAAUCAUCAUUAAAAAAAUCAUGUUUAAAGACAAGGCAUAUAUAAAAAAAAUUGUGUCAAAUAAUUGUUCAUUACGAAGAAAGAAAAAGUCAAUAAUUUAACGAAAAUUCAAAAUAAUAAAGAAAUUACGCAGACUGUAUUAAAAGUUUUACUAAAUAAAAGUUGAACCUUCUGAAAACUAACACUAUAAAAUGAUAAA